GUAGCGGUUAGCUGAGUUAGCUUCUGGUGUGUCCCAGAGAGUGUCCAGGUGUGUUCCGGUUCUGUUCAGCAACAAUGUGUUCCGUUGAGCCUCUGAGAGAGUUUAUCAGAGAGAGACUAACUGCUGCUGCUGAAGAAAUCUUCACCCAGCUGGAGAAAACCAUCGUCCGGUACGAGGAGGAGAUCGACCGGCAGCGGAGACUGCUGGACCUCACCUGGAGACCCCGAACCCAGCAGAACCCCGCAGAACUCCAGCAUCAUUUCUUCAGCGAGGAGCUUCCCACUGAACGGGACAGCAGUUCCAGUCCGGACCGGGACGCACCAGAACCGGCGCCUGAUGACGUCUGCUCCAGGCAGGACGCAGCGCUGGUGCUGAAGCAGGAGACCGAGGCCAUCAUGGUGACUGUAGACUAUGAUGAUGAACCUCAACCAAGCAGCUACCAGCUUCUCUGCCAGAACCGCCCAGAGACCCAGAAUCGGAACCAGGAGGUGCUGAAGCCAAAGAAAACCAGAACUCCCAGCGACAGACUGGACCUUCUGUCACAGAACGCAGAUGGGAAUCUGUAUUCCUGUCCCAUUUGUGGGAAAUGUUUUGCCAAGAACAGCUACUUGACCAAACACAAGAGGAUCCACACUAGUGAGAAACCGUUCGUCUGCAAUCAGUGCGGGAAGGCCUUCAGCAACACCAGCUACCUGGCCAAUCACAAGAAGACUCACAGUGGCAUGAAACCGUUCGCCUGUCUCAUCUGUGGGAAAGUUUUCACCCAGCAGAUCCAUGUCACCGACCACAUGAGGAUUCACACUGGAGAGAAGCCCUUCCCCUGUGCCACCUGUGGGAAACACUUCAGGCAGAAGAGCAGCUUGAACAAACACCUGAGAACUCAGCACCAGAAGCUGGAGGCAUGAUGGGGUUCUGAACUGGUUCUGAGUUGCUGGCUGGUCCUGGAGGCAUCAGACUGCAGUGGGGCAUCGACAACUUUCCUGCUUUUAAACUCUACUUCCUGUUCUUCAGCCUCUCUGAGGAACACUCCCAGCUGAGCGGGAGACCAUAAAAACCACCAAAAAAUAUAGAUGUUAAUCUCUGUGUAAAGUUGGAGAUUCUAACAUUUACUAAAAAGACUUAGUUUUGAAAAUAAUGGUGAGAAUUCUGAGGAAAAAGUCUGAAGUUUGAGAGUUUGAAUUCCAAGAAUGAAAAUAUGGGUGUUCUGAAAAAAUGUUGGAUUCUGACUAUUUUUCAAAGAAGGAUGAAUUCUUAAAAAUAAAAAAAAAGGCAAAAUGAAUUCUCAUUUUAAAAAGUGAAUAAAGCAGAAAUUUACCAAAAAGGUAGAAAUUCUUUUUAAAAAUUACUGCAAGAAAGUUUAUAUUGUUAAGUCAAAAUUCUGAGGAAAAAAGUCAAAAGGCUUAAAAACCUACAAAAUGUUAACAAAAGAGCUAAAGUUCUUUAAAAAGAAAAGAAAACUGAAGUGGUCGUGGUUUUUGAGGGCGAGCGUUGUGAAGUGAUGCCAGGAAUCACUUUAAAACCUGCUGCAGGGGGAACUCUGGGAACUCUGGGAACUCUGGGAACUCUGGGAGCUCUGGGAACUCUGGGAACUCUGGGAACUGUGUGGCUCGCUGUAGCUGCAGUCACUCAAUCCUUGGUUAUGAUAUAUUUGCAUGUUUUUCAGACUGACAGAAGCUUCAUGGCCGUGUGGACUGUCAUGCGUUUCUUCUGUAAAUGUUUUGUUUUCUCAGACUGUAAAACCGAAUGUGCUGCAGCAGCAGAAAUAUUUAUUCAUAUUUGGUAUUAAAGGUCUGAUCUUGAAUU